GAGGAAAGUCAAAGAAGCAAGUUUAUGUGUGAUGAACCAUGAUCAGGCAAUUUGGAAUGUUCAUCUUGGACCAUACACUUCUGAGGCGGAGUUUGAUGUUCUAUACAGAAAACGGUAUGUGGUACUACUGGAGAAAUGCGCAGAAUUCUUCGAGUCAAAUCGGGGCGAGGAGUGCAUGCUCUUCAUCAGCGCAGGCUUCGACGGAAGUGAGUACGAGACGCCGCAUAUGCAGCGCCAUGCCGUGUCUUUACCCACCGCGUUCUACGCACAGUUUACGCAGGAUUUGAGGAGGAUCGCCGAUAGGUUCUGUCGGGGACGUAUGUUGAGCGUGAUGGAGGGAGGAUACUCCGACCGUGCCCUGGCGACUGGCGCACUUUCCCACCUUCAUGGUCUUGUAUCUGAUACGCCUAUCCCGUUCAAGGCACCAUUCGCGGACGAGAAGGAGGCGACUGUAGCCGCGAUGACAGGGCUGUUACCGACUGUGGAGACAGUUGGUCACCUUACAUACCUCCCCACUAUCGACCGAAAUGUUAGUCGUGGGUCAGUUCCGAGGAGUGUGGGGGGUGCAGUGGGUAAGUGGCUUGAGAGGACGGUGAUACUUGUUAGGAGUUUGUUGCCGGAGGAAUGGAAUGGGCAGAAGAAGAAGGUGGAGGGGGAGGGGUUGGAGACGCCGAGUGGGAGGAUGGUUACGAGAAGUCGGACGCCCGGGGGGACGCCGAAGUAAGCGUCGUGAGAAAGUAUCUAGAUACUGGUAGAUGUAGGGGCAAGAAAGGAGGGACGAUAGAGGAUAGGGAUAUAUACGGGAGUUUUGCUGGGGGUGAGGUUGCGGGAGUUUGGGGGUUCUUCUCGGCCUUUGGUAGGUCUGCUAUACCUAAUCUUAGACAACAUAACAGUCUUUUAUACACAGA